AUGGCCAGGAUCGAGCGAGAAGCCUCCGAAGACGAGGGUGAACAGCAAUUGAGUGUUGAUGAAGAAGUGAAGUACUGGGAAGACAAAUUGGGUAUCCAUGAGAAUAAUGAAAAAGUGAAGCAAGAGUUCAUCAAGGAUGGCUGGGAUGAAGACUUCUUCCAAUCUCUUGAUGCGAUCGAUGAUGCCGUCAAGGAGCGGAAGAGAGAUCUCGAUAGAAGCGAGCCGAGCCGACAAGAAAUGGAAGACUCUCCCGAUGAUCCUGGAUUGCCGCAGAUGAUGAAGAAGCCGAAGACUCGGAGAAUUCUGCUGAUGAAGAAGUGGAAUAUUGGGAGCAUAAAUUGGGCAUAG